AUGGAUGUGGAUCAACAUGUGAAAAACGAAUCUGUGUCAACAGUGGAUGACACAACAACAAUAACAGAGUUAAAGACAGAAAACGACCAAACGAUGUCUACUACAAAAGCAGUGGUCAUAUUAGUGGUUAUAUUCUUAGCGUCCUUAUUCAUUUUAGCAUAUUUGUAUUACAAUUUCCCACAGUUAACUGAGGAGGAAAAAAAAUACAUCAAAAUUCCACGGAAUACCACAGACAUGCAAAACUUGGGUAGAGUCUUAGAAGAUUACAAGGAUACAUACUACACUCAAGUGUUUAUGUCAAUUUUCUUCUGUUAUAUAUUUUUGCAAACAUUUGCAAUACCUGGUUCAAUUUCAUUAUCAAUAUUAUGUGGAUUUUUGUACCCAUUUGUAUUAGCAUUAGCAAUCAUAUGUUUUUGUUCAGCAAUGGGUGCAUGUUUUUGUUACUUAUUGUCGAUGACAAUCGGAAGGAGAUUAGCAUACAAAUACUUCCCAGAUAGAAUCAAAUCAUAUGCAAAACUGGUUAAGAAACACAACGACAAUAUGUUCUGUUAUAUAAUGUUCUUGCGAAUAACCCCAUUUUUGCCUAAUUGGUUUAUAAAUGUAUGUGCACCAUUAGUCGAUGUUCCAUUAAUACCGUUUUGGUUGGGAACCUUUUUUGGAGUAGCAGUACCAUCAGUGUUGGUUGUACAAGCUGGACAAACUUUACAUCAGGUGGCAUCAGAAUCCACCUGGUCAUGGUCUUCCGUCCUACUGUUAGCAACAUUUGCUGCCCUGUCAUUACUGCCUGUACUAUUCAAGGCAAAAUUAAGAGACAAAUUUGACUGAAAAAUUGUUGACUGUCAUAUUGAAGGACAUUCCAUUAGUGUAGUCUAGAUUCCCUACCCAUCUAUGCCUCUUCCUUAUGUCACAAUGUCUCAUAAAUUAUUACAUUAUUACAUUAAUAAUAUACAAACAUCUCAAAAUAAUUUAUAACAAA